CACUAACGCCACAAUCUUCUGGUCCGCGCGGUCUGCAUCGUCCCGCCUCGCCGUGGACGCGGCGUGGACUCGCCCGGUUUCAUUCGGUGCCCUCUAGCACAGUGAUCUUGCCCGAUGACGUCCAAACCAAAGACCCAGUUGGCACCCCUGCCAUGGAUGGAGAUCCUUGCAUAUUGGGUGCUGUCCUUCGGCUCUCAUCUGUACUCUUUCUACCAACUGCACAUAUUCUCCAAAGAGCAUGAAGCAGGAUUAGAGAGAGGAUUCCAGUUGGAAAAAGGCCUCGUAAAGGGUUUUAAAAGGGACCCAUCAGACUUUGAGUGGAUGUUCUGGACGCAAUGGGCUAAGAAGUCUUUGCUGUGGACUCUUGUCGGUCAUGGCGUGAUAUCAAGAUUGACCAGCAUCUUUUACCCCAAGUUGAGAGUGCCGGCAAUCACGAUAUACGGCUUCUUAGCAGCCAGCAGUGUGCUGGGCAUGAAAGGUGUGAGUGUGCUGCUGGUCCAUCUGGGCCUGUCCUUCUCAGUGGCCCAACUGCGAAGGCCAGCUUUGUCGUGGGCCAUCAACCUGCUGCUGCUCUCCACACUUCACAUCCAACCGCUCCAAGAGAUCCAGAGGGGCUGGUAUAAAACUGAGGAGGAGCACUACCUGCUACUCUUCAGUGUUGCCGUGUGUUGUCUCCGCUUCAUCAGCUUCAGCAUGGAGCAUUGCUGGGGCUCUGCAGACCGUGGUGGAGUUGUGCAGCUCUGCUGGUUAUUUUCAUACACCUUCUAUCAUCCUUUUUUCUACAAUGGACCCAUUAUUACGUACCGGGAUUACAUUGAGCAGAUGCGGAGGUCUUCUGAGGAGUGUGAUGGAGACAAAUCUGUUUUUAGUUACUUGGUGCUCAGAGUAGGACGGAUUAUUCUGUGGUGGUGCAUCGCAGAAUACCUGAUCCAUGUCAUGUACAUGCACUCCAUCCAGUCUAAUGAGACCUACUUAGAAAUCCUUCCUCCCUGGGCCUUGGGAGGUCUGGCCCUGGCGCUCGUGCAGUUCUUCUUUGUGAAGUAUCUGGUGCUGUUUGGCCUCCCAUCCACGCUGGCUACUUUGGAUAAACUGGUUCCCCCGAAGCUCCCCCGUUGUGUCAGCGUCAUGUACAGCUUCACCGGGAUGUGGAGGCACUUUGACGAGGGCCUGUAUCGAUGGCUCAUCAGAUACAUCUACGUGCCGCUGGGGGGCUCACGGAACGGCCAUCUUUCCAAGGUGUUGUCGACUGGCCUCGCGUUCGGCUUCGUCUGCCUCUGGCACGGUGGCCACGACUACUUGCAGUGCUGGGCCCUGAUGAACUGGGCGGGAGUUCUGGUGGAGAACGGACUGAAGCCUCUCUUUGCCUCGUCGUUUAUUCGCUCCAUUGUCGAGCAGAAUCUCUCCGCGGCGAUGGAGAGGCGCUGCAUUGCCCUUCUGUCCGCCUGCUCCACGGCCAUGCUCAUCCUCUCUAAUCUGGUGUUUCUUGGGGGGAUACAUGUUGGCAGAAUCUUCUGGAAGCGCGUCUUCAUUCAAGGCUGGUGUACCACGGCCCCGCCCAUGCUGGCUUUCCUCUACUGCUUUGCUCAGAUUGGACUCGAGUACACUUCUCACCCGCCAUGAGUCACCUUGACUUUCUAUCGGAGCCAGAAGCCCCGCUACCGGACCACCGGAACAACCUGCCGAGUCCGGUGGUUCUUUGCCGUCACCAGCUGGGCGAGCCAGAGAACCCGUCCAAACCGGGCUCUGGUGCAGCUGAGCAGACACUUUUUUCCCAGCACCUGCGGGACCAGACGAAACCCUGUAAGCCAAGACUUAGAGGAUCAGCGCUGAUUCUCUUGGAGAGCUUCUCACACACACACACACACACACACACACACACACACACACACACACACUGUAAUAGAAUGAAAUAAUUGCGGGCAGCCCCCCAUAGGAGUCGAGGCAUGUUCUCUUUAAUGAGCUCGGCUGAAUCUCAGUUAUUCUAAGAAACGGUAAAGGUAAAUACGGCCCUGGAUCCGUCUUUGUGAUAUAUGGCUCCUGUGAGAUAUUGCUCAGCGAUGCGUUAAGUCGGAGAAAUGCUAAUUUCAUAUUUACCGUCGUCCUCUAGCUCGCCACAAAAGUGUGUGUGUGUGUGUGUUCAGAGGCAGAUAAAAGGACCAGUGGGCGGAGUGGAGCAGCAGGAACCUCACAGAUCACACUGAUGUCCGAUAUAUUAAUUAAAAGCUUAACCCUUGUGUUGCCUUAGGGUCAUUUUGACCCGAAUCAAUAUUACACCCUCCCCCCGUUAGGAUUAAUUUGACCCCAUUCAAUGUUUAAUGUCGGUGUUCUUUCGGUAGUCAACAAACAAACAUAAAGUGCCUCACACUUAAACUUGGAAAACAAUAUUAAUUCUAAUAAUUUUCUGGAGGUUUUAAUUGCUGGCGUCAAAUUGAACCCAAAGGGUAAAAUAUGUUAGUAAAUAUAAAGGUAACAGGAGGGUGAAACAUUGAAUCGGGUCAAAAUGACCCAAAGGCGGGGGGAGGGUGUAAUAUUGAUUCGGGUCAAAAUGACCCUAAGGCAACACAAGGGUUAAGAGGGACAACAGACUUACUUUUCAUUCAGCACAUUAAUACUAAUGGUUGAUAUUUAUCCACUAGAAAGCAGAUGAACACUAUUUUUUUUGAGAAUGUAUGUGAGAAAAAAACACAUUUGUGCUAAUGUGUUGUGAUACAAUGCCUCAACUGUACACUACCUCAGUCUAGGUUUGGAUUAAAACCUUGUAUUUUAA